UUCUAGGCCUGUGAAUGCGGAGGUGGGGCAGGGGUGGAAGGGGAAAGAGAGGUCAAGGGAGAACCAGGGAGACAGAGUGAGACAGAGAAAGCAGGGGUAAAUUGAAGAUGGGGAAGUGGAUCCCAUGGGCUUGGAAAGACAGUGAGAGUGAAGGAGAGUGACCUGGGCAAGAAGCAGGGGUGUAAAUGAAAAUAGAAGGAGGAUCAGCAGAGAGGGGAGCAGGACAGAGUAGGAGGAGGGGGUAUGAGCGGCAGGAGCUGCCGGCAAAGGAAGGGUGGGUCCCAGAUUCAUUAGUUUUGUUUGUAAAUUUCCAGCUUACAUUCCCUUUUACUUGUAUUGUGGCAGAUUCUGAUGAGGUCUCAGUGGUUUUCCAGUCUUUAUCAAGUAUUGAAAAUAUUCUUUAGUGCUUAGUAAAUAAUUUUACACUAUUUCAGUGUGUUCUUGGUAAGGAUAUUGGUAAUUUUUUAUAUUAACAAUCAAAACCUAGAUAAACCAGUCCGAUAUUCAACAUCUUUCUGCCCUUAUAUGAUCUCUUAACUGAGUGGGCUGUGAACUGAAGUUUCCAACCAAGUAUAUAUUCCCUUUACGGUGUCUCUGAAAAUGAUCCAGGGUGAGCUGGACUGUCCUCAGAAUUAGUUGGAAGAGAACCCUGCUGUUCUUCGUGAAUAAAUUGCUGAACCUUUUGCAUUACUGACCACCUCAUGUUUUCCAGUGCUACUAAUUAGGUCUUCUUAAUAUGUAUUUUGAUAGUUUAAUGUGAUGUUCUGGAAAAUACGAGUUAAAUACUUGAGAUUAUUGUGACUCCCAGAGGAAACUCACAAAAGGAAACAGGGCCCAGAAUCCAGCUAUCACGCCCCAGACAUUUAAAUCACCCUCUAGAUCCUCAGCCCCCUCCACUCACCCUAGAGGAUUCCAGCUCCUCCUCACGGUGCACGCACACAACAGGCAGAGAGCAGAGCUUGAGGACCACCCUGUCACCGCCUGUCUCUGUGAUGCCGAAGACAGCCUCCUUCUCGUGUUUUACAGAGGGGAUUCAAAUCUCCAGGGUUUGUAAGCUUUGGAAGAUGCUAGCUGAACAUGGUGCACUGUGGAGACGUAUGCCUGACACUUUGCAGGCUUUGCCUGCUUAAUGCUUGGACUGUCUGCGAGUGAAAACCUGGAGAAAGACCGCUGGUAGCCGAGUUACUGACGAUGCAGCCCGUGGAGUUAGUGACAUUUGAAGAUGUAGCAGUAGACUUCACCCAGGAAGAGUGGGCCCUGCUGGACGCAUCCCAGAGAAAGCUGUUCAGAGACGUGAUGCUGGAGAACCUCAGUCACCUGGUCUCCGUGGGGUAUCAGCAUUGCAAAUCAGAUGUGAUUUUCCAGUUGGAGCAAGGUGAAGAGCUGUGGACUGAAGGAGGAGGAUUUCUCCAGAGCCACAGUCCAGGCAUAGAAGGUGCCCUUAGAAAAGAAGUAUUAGCCACACAACACAUCAGGAGGGAGGACAUGUCUACAGUCAUCCCAGGGCAGGUAUCUCACUCUCCAGAGGGCCCCUUUGAAUGUAAUGGCUGGGGAGGAGAGUUCACUCAUAGCUCCAUGCUGAGCCAGCAUUUGGUAACUCCCAUGGAAAAGACACACUGUAUCAACAAAAAGUGUCAGAAAUCCCUUAGUGACCACUCCAACCUUAAUCAGCCCAAGCAAGGCCACACCAGAGGUAAAUCAUGUGAGUGCCACCUGUGUGGGAAAGCCUUCAGUAACUGCUCGAGCCUUAGAAGACACGAGAUGACUCACACUGGGGAGAAGCCGUACGAAUGUCAUCUCUGUGGGAACGCCUUUAUUCAAAGCUCUGACCUUAGAAAACACAGUUUGACUCACACUGGGGAGAAGCCAUAUGAGUGUCAUCUCUGUGGGAAAGCCUUCAGUCAGUCCUCCAACCUCCGGCAGCACGAGAGGACGCACACCGGCGAGCAGCCGUAUGAGUGCCAGCUGUGUGGGAAGGCCUUCAGUAAGUGCUCUGCCCUUAGACGCCACGAGCGAACGCACACCGGAGAGAAGCCUUAUGAGUGUCAUCUGUGUGGGAAGUCCUUCAGUCAGUGUUCUGCCCUUAGGCGACACGAGGGAACCCACCAUGGAGAGAAAAUCAUGAAUGCCUUCAGCGGAUAUUGUGACCUUAGAUGACGUGCUGUCAUAAAGGUAGUGAAUGUGGACAAGACUGCCACCAUAGCUUUAACAUUUAAAUGCACCGGAGGACUCACACAUCGAAGAAACACUAAUCAAUGUGGAAGAGGCUUCAGUCAUCCUUACUGAAUUUGACGUGUGCAAGUGUAUGUGAGAGAGAAUCCAUACGUAUGACAUCGGUGUGGUGAAGCCUUCAGUCGGUGUUCUGAGCAGAGAUGACGCGAGAGAACUCAUGCUGAAAAUGUGAGGAAGUAGAAGCCUCUAGCGAGCGCUCUAAGCUGAAAACACGCUGGAGGGCUUGCGCCGUGGAGAACCCAGGCCUGCAAUCACGGUGGACGUGCUUUCAUGUACAACUCGCAGUUAAACAGCUUGAGCAAGCUCCACUUGGGAGAACCUAGGUCUGUACUCACUGGGGCCAGCAUUCAGCCAGGCACGGGCUUGACGUGCGCAAGAAACUCGGUGGAGGAAUAACCGCUGAGUUUAACAACGACUGAAACAGGCUGUGAGGACGAAGGCUCUUGCGGAGUACCAGGUAACUCGUCCUGGAGAAGUGAGUCCAUGAGAAGCCCUUAGUUCCCAGAGCAGCACCGGGGGUGCCCGUGCCUGGGUGGUGCGCGUGUGGAUUCCCCGUACGCGCGUCAUGAAGGAAGGGAAGUCUUUGGUGAUCUCUCUUUUCAUAAUCAACUUUAAGGUUCUCACAGCGAGCAGACAGUGAUCCUAAAAUUAAAGUGGAGAAAACCUCUAGAUUCCACGUUUAGAAAAUUAAGUUUGAGGGGCCAGGGGAAGGGGGAAACCUGUAGCAUUGGUCACCAUGUCACCCAAAUCUGGGUGACAGUUGGGUUUCCUCAGGGGCACCCGAUCCACAGUGGGUGAUCAAUAUGUUAAAAGAGCCUUUUAACAUAAAAUUCAGCAAAUGAGAAUUUUGAGAAAACUAUUAACAGGGAAAAUCUGACCUAUGAAUGCAAGAUAGUGAAGAUGUAGGAAUACUGAAUGCAGAAUUUUGUUAAGAAAUUAAAACUUUGUCGAUGGAUGAUUAAUUGUAAAUACUUCAACAGUAAACCCUGUUGCUGAAACAUCUCGUACAUUGCUGAAGUUCUGGUUUUCCUUCUGUGGCUGUGAACACAGAUCUGAGUCUGCAGUCCACGGCGUGUGGGUGAGAUGCAGCCGUGCUCUGGGUCUCGCCUUCCUCGGCAGCUCCUCCCACACGGCUCAUCGCAGCUUCCCACCAACCGGCUGUCUCCAUCCACGCCUGGUGGUGACACAGCAGGGACCUUGACUGGCCCAGUGGGUCACGGGGACAGGAUCAGGUAUCUAGUGUAAUCCACCAGGGAGACUCCAGCCCUGUGUCUGACAGUUGAGCUCUGGAUACCCAAGGGACUGCAUUUCUAGUAAGCCUCAGGGCCGAGUUCCACCUUUACAUCAGGAGUAGCGGCUUUAGAAAUUAAAGUAAUAUAAAAUUGACCAGUGGUGUCUAGAAAUAAAAGUAGGCACAAUAUGUCAUAUUUUGAGGGUUUAUUAACAUUGAAAGACGCUUUAAAAACACAACUCUACAGUGAGACUGAAUUUUAAAAAGCACUGGUUUCUAUAAAACACACAGAAACAGAACUCUGUGUCAGGACAGGGCAGUUCUCAGAAGAUACAGAGCCCGGAGCUCAGUUUAACCAGAGUUUCCCAAAGUUCAGAUUAAUUUCACAGCUCCUUAGUUAUAAUUAAAUACUUAUGCCAGUUUUACUCAGCUUAUUACACAAUUAACUGAAUUAAAAACCUCCCCUAUGCCAGUUUCAUACAUUCCAUCUUGAAUUCACCCGAAAGGGACGUAGUCAGAACAGGCUGUGUGUGUGUGUGUGUGUGUGUGUGUGUGUGUGUGUCUCCCAGGGUGGCACAGGGGUCCUUCUCUGCAUGUGCACCGGGGCUGGGGAGUCCUGUUCAUCCGACGGAGCCUGCUGCCGUGCUUCCGCCUGCUCAGUCCGCUGUCUCCUCCAGGUAUUUGAGACUGAACGUCGAGCCUCAGCUACUGGAGAGUUUCUCACUCCAGUGACUGCACAAAGUCAUCCCAGAGAAAAGCGAUGGGACAGAGACAGUGUCCUUCAGAGUCAUUUGAGUCAACCUAGCACAGACCACUAGGGGCUCGCCUGGAACGAGGCUGGGUGGUGGGGAGGAUGGGGAGCCCGCCGGCCUGGGCAGUCAUCAGGUCCGCUCACUGGAGGUCAGUGCUGGCCAUCUGAGCAGGCAUCCUUCAGGUCACCUGGCAAUGUCCUGCGUCCACGUCCAUCUGCUGAGCAGAGACCACAAAGUCUGGACAGCCUCCCUGAACUGGCCUCUGAGUGCUUUUCUGAGGGUCUGGAAAGGGCCUUUUGAGGGAUUCUGGCAUUGUGGAUGGGGACCCAGGCAGAUCCCUCACCUGGUGCCAGGAUGCAGAGCUUGGAGUCCUGGCUCAGUCUGGCGGGGGCAAGAUGGGGGCUUGGCUUUGACUUCAAAUCAGGUACUUGGCUUGGACCUGGGGUGUGAGGGCAGGGCUGGGGCCAAGUAUGUUGGUGGCAGUCUGGGGAAAUCAUGGGAGCCAACAUCAGGUCUGCUGUCUGUGGGCUGGACAGUGAGGGAGGGUCCUGGACAAAGCACAGGACGGUGGGCUGGGGAGUCAGUGAUUUCCACUCCACGACCACCCCAGGGCAGAUUCCGUGGGAGGUGGCCGGCCUGUGAGCACAGUCUGGGACAGUGUCUCCUCGGUGUUUGCAUGGGCACUGGUCUGCGGGCGCUGUAAGACAGGACACCACACACAGAAUAUGUGUUAAGAUUGGUCUCAACCAAAUGGAAAAUGGAAAUCAGUCGAAUUAAAGGGCUUGGAGCAUAAAAAAUAAAUUUAACAGUAAAAUUA